CGAUUUACCCAGUUGCUUGAUGCUCGUGCUGCCUCUGUUUGGGCAGACCUUGAUUUCUGCCCUAGGACCUGCCUGUCUCAUAAUUCUCGCCUUUGCACUUAUCAUGCGUGGUUUGCUCGCCCUGUUGGCUCUGCUAGGAAAUCUUAUUUGUCCUUGCCAUUGCCUGCUCGGUGUGUCACACAGAUGCUGCGUUUCAGGAUGGGUUGUCAUGGCUUGCCCAGGGACACUGGCUCUUGGGCCAGGAUUCCCCGAGCUGACCGUGCCUGUACAUUGUGUGGACCCGGCAGUCUAGGGGAUGAGAAACAUUUAGUGUUUGAGUGCCCACACCUGCAACCUAUUAGGGACAAGUAUUCUUCACUAUUUCAGUGUCCUACUAUGUUGCAGUUCUUCUGGCAGGCUGACUUGAUUGGGGUUACCACAUUUGUGUCAGAAUGUUUGGAUGUGAUGCUGGGCGCUGACUCUGACGAUCAGAGUCAGACAUCUGAUCAGCCUGAGGUGGCUGGAAUAGAUGUAACCGACUGACUGAC